GUGAUACCAAGAAAAAUGGGACUAGCAACAUGUGGAAGCAUCUAAACAAACAAUGCUUGCAUUACCCUUAUAGGCACAUGGAUAAGAACACACGGACGCUCGCAUUUGAAGCAUCCAAAGGUAAUGCUCUUGUUUCUAGGAAUUUUAACAAAGAAGAUUGUUUGGAUGCUUGUGUUAGGAUGGUGGUUCAAGAUGAGCUACCUUUUAGCUUUGUGGAGGGUGAAGGGUUUAGGGAAUUUUGUAGUGUUGCAUACCCACAAUUUAAUCCACCCUCUCGUAGAACUCUUGGAAGAAGAUUUCUAGAAAUGUACACAAAAAUGAAGGAGAAGUUGAAAGUUGACCUUCAUUCACAUAGAAUAUGCCUUACAACCGAUACUUGGACAUCGGUUCCAAAUGUGAAUUACAUGGUGUUGACUGCCCACUUUGUGGAUUCCGACUAUAAAAUGGACAAAAGAAUCCUAAACUUUUGUUUAAUUGAUAGUCAUAAGUGGGAGAGCAUUGGGAAAUUGCUUGAAAAUUGUUUGAUUGAUUGGGGACAUCAGAAGAUACUCACAAUUACUGCAGAUAAUGCAGAUGCCAAUACUAAGGCAAUUGAAUAUGUAAGGAAGAAAAUAAAUGGGUGGAAAGAUUCGAAUAGUGUGUUAGGAGGAGUUCACAUGCAUAUGAGGUGUAGUGCUCAUAUAAUCAACUUAAUAGUUAAGGAGGGUUUGAAGAGAUUAGAAAGCUCAAUUGUGGCAAUCUGUAAUGCGGUCAAGUUUGUGAGGUCCUCACCUUCUCGGUUGAGUUACUUCAAAAUGUGUGUUGAGACGGAAAAAAUAAAGUGCAAGUGGUUGGUGGUGAUGGAUGUGCCCAUUAGGUGGAACUCCACUUAUUUGAUGCUUGUUGCGGCAUUGAAAUUUCGAAAAGCUUUUGAUAGAAUGGGGGAUGAUCCCGAUUCUUCCUACUUAAUGUACUUCAAGGAAGAGGAAAGAGAUGAUGAGAUAAUUGAAGGCAUUGAAGGAAGUGGGAAAGGGAAGGGAAAGUCUAAGACUAAUAAGAAGGUGGGUCCACCUAGUGAUGAAGAUUGGGAAAAAGCCGUGACAUUUGUGAUGUUUUUGAAGACCUUCUAUGGUGUUACUUUGAAAAUUUCAGCUUCUUUGCAUCCAACAUCACACUCAACCUUCCAUGACUUGCUUGCCAUAGAUAGGGAGAUUCGGGAGUUGUAUAGAUAUGAUGUUACAAUUCCUAUUGAAGAACGGACAGCCAUGGAUACUCUUUUAAAUGAUAUGGCAACAUCAAUGAAGAAGUAUGAUAAAUAUUGGGGUGAACUUCAUAAAGUGAACCCAUUCUUGAUGAUAGGAGUUGUGAUUGACCCCCGAUUCAAGCUUCGCAAUUUGAAGCACAUCUUUGAAGAGAUAUUUGAAAAUGAUUCUACUUGUGAUAGAUUGGUGGCUUAAAAGACAAAUGAAGUGAAAUAACUUCUUUUGAAUAUGUAUGAAGUGUAUAAACCUAGUAGUAACAAUAUGGGUGCUACUAGUACUACCAAUGAGAGUGGUGGUAGUACUAACAAUGAAACCGACUCUUUUUCGAUUUUUGGAGGUCGUAAACGAAAAACCAUGAUGGAAAAGUGGAAAAAAAUUCAACAAGAGAGUGAGAAUGUGGUUGUAACACAUGAAGUGGAUAGGUACUUGUUGGAUCCACUUGAAUCCAUUGACGAGGAGUUUGAUAUACUAAGGUGGUGGAGAAUAAAUGGGCUCAAGUAUCCCACUUUGGCAUCAAUUGCAAAGGAUCUGCUUGCAAUCCCUACUUCCACAAUAGCUUCAGAGUCUUGUUUUAGCACAAGUGGGAGAGUGAUUGACUCAUUUCGAAGCUCAUUGUCUCCUAGGAUGGUUGAGGCUUUGAUUUGCUCUCAAAAUUGGAUAAGGUCCGAAGAUAUAUCUUCAUUGCAAUAUGUGCCAAGCAUUGAGGAGAUGGAGUUCUAUGAAUCAAUUGAAAUGGAAAUGGGGGAGUAAAACAUCCACGACAAAUUUGAAUAAGACUCUCCAUUCUUAGUGUGAUGAAGAUAUGUUG